GAUUGCAAAAAUUUGAUGAUGCAUGUGUCUUGAUUUCUUGAAUUGUUUUCAUAUUUUUUCAUUUCACAAUUCACUCUUUUGAAUCAUUUUUAAAAGCUAUUUACUAUUCUAAUGCUAUGACAGAUUUUGAGGCUAAAAGCCUCUUGAAAUAUGGUUUUAAACGCUGCUGUUCAGGUCCUGAGGGAGGCAGAUGAUUUGAAGCAGAAAAUUUCAAAAUUUAACAAUGGCACAUCUAUGUUACAAGACAAGACACUGUGGACUAAUCAACAAGAGUUACAAAAGGUUUAUCAAAAAGUUUUAAUGUUAGAUUUGGAUUACGCUCUGGAGAAAAAGGUAGAGCAAGAUCUAUGGAACAUUGGUUUCAAACAACAAAUAGAGGCUUUACAAGCCAUUACUAAGGACAGGAAGAAUCCACUAAGAAGUGAAGCUCAGUCCAUGUUGUCAUGGGUGCUGCAAGCUGCUGCUGGCUUUUAUUUAUGUCUGCUACAUCAGAUUUGCUCAACUUUUAAACUAGAUUUACCAUUUCGUCGUCGCGCGUCGCUGCUCGGCGCGGUGGGCGGAUGGGAGGGUGGUGGAGUCGAGGGCGCGGGGGCGGCGCGGUACGCGUGCCAACACUGCCUCGUGCACCUCGGCGACCUGGCUCGCUACCGCCAGCAGCUCCGCAUCGCACACACCUUCUACCGACACGCGUUGGCUGUGUCCGUGCACUCGGGACAGCCUUAUAAUCAGCUGGCGCUGGUGUCGUGGCGUCGCGGGCGGCGGCUGGCGGCGGUGUACUGGCACGUGCGCUCGCUGCUCGUGCGCGCGCCCUUCCCCCCCGCGCCCGCCAACCUCGCGCGCACGCUGCAAGCUGCCGCCAGUCGCGACGUGAAGGAGUCAGCGCUGCCGGUGCUGCCUGGUCUGUCCGGCAAGCCGUUGGCGGCGUCCGGUGCGCCGGAGCGGUUAGACUCGCACACUUACGUCAACGAGCUUCUCCGAGCGUUACACUAUCUGCACACCGCAGAGCAAUUGGACGCAGCUGCAGAGUUGGUGAAAUCUCUGAAUACCUCACUCUCCCCACUGAUAGCCACAGACAGUUUUGAUUCGCUCACCUUGAUAAAAAUGACGUGCGUGAUAAUCUGGAUGGUGCACAGCGCGCGCGAGGGGUGGUCGGUCCCGCUGAGCGCGCUGAGCGGCGGCGAGGCGCGCGCGGCGGCGCUGGCGGCGGAGCUGGCGGCCGGCGCGCUGCUGGCGCUGCUGCUGCCCGCCUACACCACCGCGCUGCCCGCCCGAGCCCAGCCCGCACUGAAGGUGUGGGUGUCGUGGCUGGCGUACUGCGACGAGGGGGCGGCGGCGCUGUGCGGCGCGCGCCCGCAGCUGUGGGGCGCGCUCGCGCACGCGCUCAACACGCUCGCGCCCGCUGCCGCGCUCGCGACCCCUGACUACGACUGCGUGCCGCUACCAGAGGAUGAGGAGCUGCACGGGUUCCUGCCGCUGGAGGCCGCGCUCGCCCCCCUCACCUUCACCGCGCAGAGCGGACACGACGGUGGCGCCUUCCCCGAAUAUGACACUGACACUGACAGCGGAGCGGGCGUAUCGGCGUUGUCGCUAGUGGGCGAGCCGGAGUUAGAGGGGCGUGUCCGCGCGCGCCGCCUCCAGCGCCUCGCCCGCUGCCUCGCUGGGCGCCACGCCCAACAUAUCGCUGUCACCACCGCGGAGGACGGUACACCCGAGUGGUCGGCGACGACCCUGGGCGGGGCGCAGCUGGCGGAGGCGCUGGAGCCCCUGCUGGCCGAGCACGCCACUGAGUCCGCGCCUGACUCCGCCCCCGACCGCGAGCGUACUCCGCCUCCGCCUCUCAUCAUCUCCGAGGCGGAUUUCCGGGAAAAAGUGAAGCGCGUGGGCAUCCUCAAGCCGCAAGGAUCGUUGGAGCGCGCGCGAGAGGAGCGCGCCACCGCCACACAGAGCGAACCCGAUCAAGAGGAUGAAUGUAGUAAAAGUGAAGAUAAGAAGGAGGCGAGAAAACCGCGCGUCAACAUCGCCAUGGCCGCCAUCAUGCGCAAGCAGGAGGAGACCAACAAACAGGUGAAGUUCGUCACUCCCCCGCCGACGCCGGACUCGGCGACAGAACUUCAGGAUACCGCCAAAGACGACAAACUGAAGGUGAUUCAACCGAAGCCGAUCAAGUCCCUCGCAAACAUCCCCAUCGGCAGGAAGACCGGCGGCAUUUUAUCGCUCAAAGACAAGUCGGCCGGCUACCCGCACCUCGUCAACGCCGACGAGCCCAAGAAGCCCGAGAAGGAGGAGAAAAAGGAGAACAAGUCUAGCCAGGGCGGCCCGAGCUCGCAGACCUACCAGAAACCCUGGCCCGCCGGCGAGCCGCGCUUCCAGAAGACAUACGGAGUGCAGGCCGCCUACAGCCCCGCCGGGCAGCCCUACGGCCCCGCGGGGCAAGGGUACAACCCGGGCGGACAGAGCUACGGCUCAGUCGGGCCGGCGUACGGCUCCGGCGGUCCGGCGUUCGGCCCCGGACAGGGCGCCGCCAUCCGCCUGCCCGUCGUCAACCCCAAGGAGAUCGACGUGCGCUCCGCCGCGCUGCAGAAGCGCCGCGACCCCGACCGCCCGCUGUCCGGCGACAAGCGCAACUUCCUCGCCGACCUGCCGCCGCGCUUCGCCAACCAGUACCGCCACUGGCAGGCCGAGCCCGAUGACCCGCCGCCGCAGCCCCCGCCGCCGCAGCCCUGGCCCGCGCAGCACCAGCGGCCUUGGACCGUGCCGGCCCAGGAGAGCUUCGCCGCGCCCGCCUACCCGCCGAUGAGCGUGCCCAACUACUACCAGAUGAACGUCAACCCCUACCAGAACACCUUCACCCAGAUGCAGAACCAGGUGUCGAGCGCGCAGAAGACUGAGGGGGGCUACUUGCAGGGGGGUGGGGGGCUGGCGGCGCUGCGGGGGUUGGCGGCGCCCGCGGGGUACGGGUUCGCGCCACCCGCCGGCUACGACGCCGCCAUGUACCCGCAGUUCAACACCUACCCGCUCCUCGGCAUGGACAAGCCCAAGGAGCUCGACGUGGGCUUCGGCGCGAACGUGCUGGACGUGCAGAGGAACUUCAGCGAGUACCAGGAACGGAAACCGGAGGAGAGCGAGCAAAAACAAAUGGGUCUGUCGGAGGGCGGAGCGGGCGCGCGCGGCAACGCCGAGUACUCGCUGUUCAGCGCCGCGCCCGCCGCCGCCUGGUCCCGCCCCCUGCCGCAUCAGUCCCUGUGGUCUGGGCCGGGCCCCUCCCCUUUAGAGCGUCUCCUAGAACAGCAGAAACAAAUGAAGCAACCACCGCCACCUCAAUGAAGUUAGUGACACAACAAACGCAAAACACUUUACCUGCGCAAACGCAGCGACAAUAAUAAAUAAAAUCUUUAUGUUAAUUUGAAAUCAAUAUGGAAUUUUUGUUGAAUAUUAUUGAGAUUAUCCAUUUCCAAAGCGAAGCACAGAUGUAAGUUUGUUAAAAUAUUAUGUAUGUACGAGUAUGAUUUUAAAUUAUAAUUUUAUACUUUUAUAAAUUUGUUGUGUCAUGCGUGUCAUAUUUCCAGUAGUACCAAUUUCAUAAUCUGUUCGUUAUCAGGACUGGUGAGACAUGUUCAAUCCUCGAGGACGUGAUAUUUGGCUAUUG